CAAAUGUAUUAGUUUUGUUUUUGUUUUUCCUUUUUUUUUUUUUGGUUUUUUUCUUUGUAUCAUUUCAAAUAUGUUUGAAUUUGUAAGUUAAUAAUGAGCCUGUUGCAUGAGUCAGUACAAAUUUCAACGUACUGUUGGAAUGUGUAACGUGUGAGGUGUGAUGGAUGAUUCAAAGGCAACAAAACACAAUAGACCAAGGAAAGAGAGUUGUGUAAAAGAGUUAAAGGUUUAGGUUUGUGUUCUCUCAAGAACAACGAUGGUGAGCUCCUCAGACACGACGAAUACGAUCUCUGUUUCUUUUCUAUCAAAGAGGUCUCGAUCUCCUGAACCACCCCAUCAGAAGCUCACUCUCAAGGUCAAGAACCAACAGGGAGCAGAGGAUAUAUACAAAAUUGGAGCUCAUGCACAUCUAAAGAAACUAAUGACUGCUUACUGUCGAAAGAGAAACUUAGAGUACAAUACUGUCCGAUUCCUCUACAACAAUAAACCCAUCAAACCACGACAGACUCCUGCUCAGCUGAGGAUGGAAGAAGAAGAUGAGAUCUUGUUGGUCAUGGAACUAGGCGGUGGCGGUCCUUACACUCCUUGUUGAGAUCUCGCCGGAAUUCAUCCCCCUGGAAAGAAAAAGAAAAGAGAAGAGGCGCUUUUAGGGUUUCUUUAAUUAGAAUUUUAAUUACGACCACUUUGGUUUUUGUUAUGUUGAAUCUCUAAAGUCUUUGUCUGAAACAUUGUUGUCCAGUUGUUCAUUUUGAUUCGUAAUAUUUUUAGAUUUUGAAGGAAAAUUAAUUAUUACUUUUUUUCUCUC